CUUUGACAGCCCACUUCACGUAGGUAAUUCCAUCCAACCUCAAAAAAGUCCGACUUAUUUUACAAUUUUUACAUUUUACCAUCUGUUUACAUUUUAACAAGUUUACGAUCUUCAUCAUUUCACAAAUACAUCAUACUAAAGUGUUCUUGUGAUAUUAUUAUUCCUAGUAUUAAAUGGUUCUAUUAGAAAAUGAUUCAUUUCUCUCAGAACUUACCAAACUGUUUCAGAAAGCUCGGCUGAAUGGGUCCGUUACAAUGACUUUUAAAAGGUAUGAUGGAAGAACCCGUCCAACUCCAAGACCAGGCAAACCUCCUUUACCUGAACCUCAAGAGCACAUGUGUUUAGUAAGGGCAAAGUUUCGGUCCAGUAAAAUCGCCACAGUAAUACACCAAAAAGAUGUUAAUAAAUUCCAAGUAGCUUACAGUAGCUUACUUAAGGGUAAUAUAGAUGGUUUGAAAAAAUUGAAGAAACCUAAAGCUAAAACGAAAGCUGAAUAGUUGGUUUAUUCAAUGCAUUUUUUUGUUAUAUUUCCUUUAUUGUAAUUAUAUUCUCGGGUAUUGGUGUGUUCGACUGGAUUUAAAUAUGUUUUGUUUAUUAAAAUAAUAUUUGAU